AUGGCUUUCCUGGGAAGAUCAGUGUUGUUACUUUUGGCGUUCUCAAUAAGAGAAACGUGGAGCGCCAGGAUCGUUGGGGGUCAUAAGGUGGUGCCCUACUCCAUCAAGUUCCAGGCGUCCCUUCAGUAUAAAAACCUGCUGAAGCAAUGGAAGCAUUAUUGUGGAGGGACAUUAGUGCAUCCUCAAUGGGUGGUGUCUGCUGCCCACUGCUGGAGACCGAGUACUACCUUGAGGGUGGUGCUGAGCGAAGACAGCCUGACUGAGACCGAAGGUUUCGAGCAGAUCCUCAACGUCUCCAAGAUAUACGUCCACAAGUUCGACUACAGAACCUUUGACAACGACAUCAUGCUCAUCAAGCUCAGCGACGCGGCACAGCUCAACGCCAACGUCCAAGCGGCCAGGUUGCCCGACGUGAACGCGUCGGUACCCCGCGAUGACGUGUGCACGGUGAGCGGCUGGGGCGUGACAUCAGCCUACAGCUCCGUCCUCUCUCCCGAGCUGCGCGCCGUGGACGUGCAGCUGAUGCCCACCUGCUCCUACUUCUACUGGGGCAGGAUCACCUCCAACAUGCUCUGUGCCGGAUCUCACCUGGGCGGCAAAGACUCCUGCCAGGGGGACUCAGGUGGUCCUCUCAUCUGCAAUGGCUACCUGGAGGGCAUCGUGUCCUGGGGCAUCAGCUGUGCCAACCCCUACUUCCCGGGAGUCUACACCAAAGUCAGGAACUACGUGACCUGGAUCAACUGGAUUAUGGAAAAUGAUCAACCGUAAACGGGAUGUUAGGAUUGUCAGUCUGUCACCUUUAAAGACACGCAAAGU